UAAUGUUAGUACACAGCUCAAUUGAUAAUCUAGAGUUCCAUAGUUGCCACCCUGACAUCAAAGCCAUGGCGUUGGCGUCAGAUCUGGAACGCGUACUAUUGCAUAUACUGCCGAUGCCUGCGAUGAUGGCGCAGGGACGACUACUAGGCAUGCCAAACCACAUGGAAGUGAUUCGAGACCGCCUCUGGGCUAUCAAUGGCACGAUCUUCGACGCUGAGCUUCGAGCGUUGAAGGAGCCGGAGUUGGAGGAGUGGUUGACCGACGUCGGUGCAACCAUUGUGAGCGUCGACGAUCUGCUCGGUAGGAUCCUUGACUGGCAUCCAAGUGGAGGAGCGAAUGCAACAUCGAAUCGCUUGCCACACUCCAUCUGCAGCAUCAGAGAGGCCUCUCGCCAAGCCAUUCUAUUGGAGCUCAAGGAGAUGGUAGGCAGGCUGAACUAUCUGGUGAGGAGGGGGUCUGUGUUGGGCCUCUCGAAGGAGAUAAUGGAGUCUGUGGAUCCACGACAAGAAGAAGAGUACUCCACCGUCCUAAGAGAAGAGGUGGUGGGACGCAACGAGGAUGUAGAAGAAAUCAUCAACAUUUUUCAGCAACAACAAUCUGGCGAUGGUGUUGAAUGGCUGCUCAUAGAUGGCGGUGAUGGGAGGACGACCCUUGCUCGGUUGAUUUACCACCACUCCUGGGUGCAGGAGCAAUUCCAGCAUCGAAUCUGGGUGGAUGUCCCAAACAUUGCUUCUUUGGAUCCCAUGUGGAUCAUGAGAGAAUUCACGAGAUCAAUAACCGGCGAGCCAUGCGAGGACAUCUGGCUAUUCUACGAUGGAAUCCAUGGAAGCAAAUACUUGCUCGUUCUGGAUGAUCUCAACCUCGAGGAGGAGGACAAGGAUAAGUGGCUCCAAUUGGAGAACUUUCUAUUGCUCGUCGGCGCACCGGGGAGUACCGUGGUCAUUCCUGACCUGCGUUUUAGUGAGCGUAUAUUGGGGUUCUCGUACUAUUUGAGCGGCCUAUCGGAGGAUGAUUGGGUAAAAUUGUGCAUGAGACGAGCACUCAUCCGGCCUGAGCAACAGGACGAAGCAAACGCGAUAAUUCAUUUCUGUAAUAGAAACUAUUAUUCAUCUGAUGGGUCUCCCACGGACGCCAAGAUCUUUGGCUCCAUAUUCAGAUAUACUGAAAUGAAUCGAUGGCAACAACAAAUUGAUGCUCUAAAUGCGCAUCAGUGGGAGGAAGUGAUGCACAACCAGGACACGGCUUUAAUAUUUCUUCAUUACAUGCCACCAACAAGGACGCGAUUAGUUUUGUACCGCUGGUUGAUCCUACAAGAUGACAUGCCCAAUUAUAAAGACGUCUUGCACGUCUUAGCUGCUGAAGGCCUUCUGCCAUAUUCAGACGACGAAGGGAUGAUAAGGAAAUAUCUGGAGACCCACAUCUCUGACGAUAUACAUUUUUUAUUUACUGCCACAAAACAAUGCUAUAUCUUGAAGAGGGUUGAUUCAAAUUCGAUAAUCCCACGACAAUGUCUCUAUCUACGUAUGCUUGUCGAUUCUAAUACUAUCACAUUUCCGAAGGUCUUGUCCAAUGGGGUAAACAAGUUGAGAGGUUUGGUACUACAACAGCCGAAGCAGUUGGAUCUCCAACACAAAUAUCAUAUCCUACAUAUUCCAGAAGGUAUGUUUACCAAUCUUGUACAUUUACGUAUAUUAUCUUUACGAGCUGUUAGAGUCCAGCAGCUACCUCAUACAGUGGGCAAUUUGCUUAUCUUGAGAUACCUUAACCUUUCUCAGUCCGAGAUACAAGUACUUCCUAAAUCCUUGUGCAAGCUCAGGAAUUUACGAGUCUUAAAUUUAGCUCAUUGCGAAAAGCUUCAGAAGCUACCGAGACGAAUGCAUAAUCUUGAGAAUUUGCAUGUUUUAAGACUAGCUUACUGUACAAAGCUUCAAAUGCUACCCAUUUCGGUCACUGGUCUUAUAAAUUUGCAAGAGUUAGACUUGGAAGGUUGUCAAUGGCUUGUCCAAUUGCCUGAAGGUUUGAGUAAUAUGAAAAAGCUGGUAAACCUUAAUGUUUGCAAUCGUUGA